UUUCAGAACAAUGGGUCACUUGCUUGGUGCCAGAAUCAUAAACAGUGCUCAAAGUGCCUGGAGCCCUGCAAAGAAUCCUGGGACUUGAAGAAAAACCAUUGCCAAAGCUUCUGUGAGCCUCUUUUCCCCAAGAAGAAUUAUGAAUGCCUAACUAGCUGCGAAUUCCUUAAGUACAUCCUGUCUGUGAAGCAAGGGGACUGCCCAGCACCUGAGAAGGCCAGUGGUUUUGCAGCUGCCUGUGUUGAAAGCUGUGAAGCAGAUAGUGAAUGUUCUGGAGUGAAGAAAUGCUGUUCCAAUGGAUGUGGUCACACAUGCCAAGUUCCAAAAAAUCUAUACAAAGGUGUUCCACUGAAACCCCGGAAAGAGUUAAAAUUCAUAGAACUGCAAUCUGGAGACCUGGAGGUGAAGUGGUCUUCAAAAUUCAAUAUUUCCAUUGAGCCUGUGAUCUAUGUUGUUCAGAGGAGGUGGAAUCAAGGAAUCCAUCCUAGUGAGGAUGACGCUACUAACUGGCAAACAGUGGCACAGACUACGGAUGAGAGGGUCCAGCUAUCUGACAUCAGAGCGAGCAGGUGGUACCAGUUCCGUGUGGCAGCUGUCAAUGUGCAUGGGACGAGGGGCUUCACGGCACCCAGCAAGCACUUCCGCUCCUCGAAAGAUCCGUCUGCUCCACCAGCUCCAUCUAAUAUCAGAAUUGCCAAUAUCAGUGCAAACAAUGAUGGAAGUGUAAAUGUAAUGAUUACUUGGGAUCUUCCAGAAGAGCCUGAUAUCCCAGUGCACCACUACAAAGUCUUCUGGAGCUGGACGUAUAGCAAAUAUGUGAUCCCAGCUAAAAAAAAGAGAAGGAAGAUUACUGAUGGGCCCCAGAAUUAUGUGGUCCUGGAGGGACUCCAACCCAACAGCAACUACAAUGUAGAACUACAGGCAGUAACACGCUGGGGUCAGAUACGCCUUAAAAGUGCUAAGGUUUCUCUCCAUUUUAGCACAACGCAGGACACCAGGAAUAAUAAUGAGCAGACAUCUGCUGGGAAACCCCAGAAAGGACUGGUAGAUCCUUACCCAACAUUUCAAAGAAAGAAAACCACUCGUUUUCUUAAAAUUGGAACUCCUUUCUAUCAGGACAAUCAACUUCAGGUUAAAGUCUACUGGAAGAGAACAGAUAUCAACAUGAAUCAAUUCCAAGUCCACUGGUUACUGGAGUCCUGUGCACACAAUGACACCAAGGGACUUGGGAAAGUAACUGAGCUGACUUAUGAGAACUACAUGAUUCUGAAGAACCUGUCGUUUGCAUGCAAAUAUAAAGUAACUGUUUUGCCUGCAAAAUCUAAAGGUCGUUUUAAGGCUGAGAGUAUUUUCUUUGUCACCCCACCUUGCUCUGCAUUUAAAGAAAAAAACCACAAGCACAUUAAUUGUCCUGCUGAAGGAGUGCCAGUUCUACCAAAAGUGUUGGCCAAACCCGAGAACCUAUCUGCAUCUUUCAUUGUUCAGGAAGGUAACAUCACUGGUCAUUUUUCCUGGAAGAUAUCUAAGGCAGUCCUUCACCAGCCCAUGACAGGGUUUCAAGUCACAUGGGCAGAAGUAACCACAGAAAGUCGACAGAACAGCUUGCCCAACAGCAUCAUUUCGCAGUCACAGAUACUGCCAGCAGAUCAUUAUGUACUCACCGUGCCCAAUCUGAGGCCAUCAAUGCUGUACCGAUUGGAAGUUCAAGUGCUGACAACUGUUGGGGAGGGACCAGCUACAAUAAAAUCAUUCCGAACACCUACUCUUCCUCCAUUUUUACCCCACAGACCUCAUCUGAAGCAACAUCAUCCACACCACUAUAAGCCACCCCCAGAGAAAUAUUAAACUGUUUCAGAUGAUUAUAUAAAUAACUGAGAGGAAAAACUGAGCUCCCAAGUGGAGGCUAGGAAAAGGCACAUCUGUAGGAGCAAUGAAUACAGUUUUCCAGUGAAUACAGUUUUCCAGUGGAAGUUACCAUGCUGUAUGAUCUGUAUCAACCCUAUGUAGUUCAGUCAUCAAGAAUUGUAUUUGUACCAAGACAAGGAUGAAGCAUACAGCAAGUAUAAUUUCUGUACCACUACUAUUCAACAAAUUGAAAAUUGCAUCAAACUCAACACCUGAGAGAAAAUCAAAGUGUGUUUAUUAUAAUGUUUUUGUAUUUCUAUGUUUGAAGUAGAUUGAAACAGUGUGGUGUAUACAGCUUUUUCUCUUAGUGACUUCAAUGUUAAUAUAUAAGAGGUUGUCCUGUGAUACAUACAUACCUUUGAACGCUGGAGGCCAUGUUGUCAUUAACAUGUUUAAUUGAUCUAUUUUACUUAAAACCCUCUUACCAGUUCAAGUCCUAGAGUAUUUUGCUGUUAAAGAUCUCCACUUGUCUGAAAUAAGGACAUAAGUAAAAUAAGCAGCAGAAGCAGGAACCUUUAAAUAGUCAAUGUUUAAUAACUGCAGUAUCACUGCAGAGGAGAGUGAUGCUACAUUUGCAUAGUCAACCACCUCUUCCAAAGUAAUGUUUCAGUAUGGAGAUCUUCUAUUAAUAUAGUUAAUAGUUAAAAUAUAUACAGGGUAGAUGUACUAUUCAUUAUAAAGAAACAGAUGACAGUUAAUACAAUUGUUGACAAUUAAUGGUGAUUAAUACAAUUAAUUGAUAGAUUCUGGAAGAAUGACCUUUAAAAUCCCACUUUUUUUUUGUUUGUUAUGAUCUUAAAAUGAAAUGUUGAUUUUCUAGCUAAAAGUCUGAAUAGUUAACGUUAACAUCUUAAAAAUGGAAAUUCUGGGGCACAUUUAUUAUUCAAGUAGCUGUAGAGCUACUUUUUUGGCUUCUCUAUCUUUUGAUGCACAUCUCUUUUCCCCAUGGAUCUUUUGAACAGAGGGAUGGGUAUGUUGGCUCCAUGCUAUUCUGCUUACAGAAGAGUUGCAUGACAAUACUCUAACAUCUGGAAAGCAUUGGCUUAUAGUUUAUUUGAAUGCAUUUUUCAAAUUCAGGCAGAAGGGUGCCCUUUUUAACCAUAAGGGAAUACAUACUGCCUUUAUUGUACAAUAUCAACUGUCUAGAAUAAUUUGCUACACAAAGAGACAUCCUUCGAUAGUAAACAGAAACUACUUGGAUUUAUUAUCAAGAAGGUGGAAAGUAUCUGCCAAUAAACUUCUAUACAAAUACAAUCAAAAUCUAAUGUUCAGACAUUAGUGGCAAAUAUAUUUUCCUUCUCUUGAUUACAAAUUGUAUUGUAGAAAACAAAUAUGGAUAAAAGAAAUGCAUGCCUGAAACUGAGGAUCACAUUUGUAUUUAUCAUAGUAGGGCAUUCACAAAAUAAUCACAUAUAGUUUGUCUCUACUGAAGUUUAUAGUUUUGGUGCAUGUGGGUCGAUAGCACUGAGGGUGAAGGAAACAAUUAAUUUCUGAUCACUUGGUCAUUCCAGUUUUUCUAUAUAUCUACCUUUGCUAUUAAAGUACCUUUUUUUUUUCCCAUUUUCUUUCUACUUUGCCUGUUGUCUUUUUUGAUGUGCACUCAGUGACAAAGGACUUUUACAGAAAAUUUCAAUUGCCAUGUGAUUUGGACCUUUAACAGUUGUUUUACAAAUAUUAAAAGCAAUGGUGAUUUUAAUUCCUUCCUCUGGUGGUCUGACACCUUAUCUUUUCCAAAACACAUUAACAAAUAGCAGAUAAUGUUAUUCAUAAAAUUCUGUAAUGUAAUUCAUAAAAUCUGUAAUGUAAUAUUUAUUUCAAUUUUGGAAGAUGGCAAGAGUCUCAGAGAUUUUGAGGGAUGUAAGAAUGUGUAAUGCGUACAAGACUUUACAAAAAAAAGCAAACUAUGGAUUGAACUGUUGUGCAGCACUGCUUUGAUGUUUGGGUUAUGCAGGGCAUAAAGUAAGGAUAGAAGGUAUCUUGUUUGCUGAGAGUAGUUUUCAGUGGGAUCAGGGCAAGUACUACCUCAGGCUGCUUAAAAAACUUCUGUCCAAACCUUUCCAUUAGAGUCUAUUCCAGUUAUGCUGGAGCAAUUCUGUAGUGACUUGAUUAAUGUUAAUGAAAUUAUGUUGCAUACAUAGUGACAUUGGUAAAGCAUAGAACAUGGAUGUCAGUCUUUAUUACAAUGAGGCCAGACCUGGUUUGGAGAUUAAACUGGAAGUUAGCAGCCCUGAGUGAUCAUAUCCUUAGUCUUAAUUGCUGAGUGGAAGCCUUGUUCUUCUGCUUGCUUAUGUCAAUUUCUUUGAAACAUUCAAUUUUUAAAAGUAGCAGUUAAUGUUAAAGAACAUGGAGUAUGCUUUCCUUCUAAAUUAGAUUUUGGCCAUCCAAAAAAAUAUAUGUAUUUGAUAAAGUAGAAUUGUAUUGAGCAAGUGCAUUAUACAGAGUCUGUUUUACAAAGAUGUAAAGUCAUUUUUAUCCUUCUACAAAUGAGUUUAUCAACUCACCUUUCAAGUGAUCCUCCAAAUCAAAAAUAAAAAAUAAUAAAUCUACCAAGAUCAUGCAUGGAUGUUAAAUUUGAAACUACGAGUGCUUUCCCAAUUAUUCUUUGAAUUUAGCAGUACCAAUUUGAAGUUUCUAGUGCCUAACUCAUAAAGCCUUGUUUGCUGAAUUGUACAGGGUGUUGUCCUAAUUUACUGGCCUAAAUCACAUUAUACAUUUAAUUUAUCAAUAGACUUGUAAUUCACUGCGUGAUUCACUAAUUAAUGAUUUAUUUUCCCUAAUGAUGUUGCAUAAUACAGAAUUAAUAUAGAUAUUGGGAUGCUUUUAAAUACUCUGCACCUUUACACUAAUAUAUUAUUUUCUAUGUACGAUUCUGAUGGAUUUGUCAGUUCACUUCUGGAUGCAUUAUGUUUAUCUUUAUUUCUAAAAGAAUUAUGAGAUUAUGCCAUUUUUGCUAGCUGCUUUGUGAAAUUGAUUUUUUUGCUGUUCACCAAUGAUUUUUGUUUAAGAAUACAAUGGUGUGUUUUUGUAACUUUUUGGUGGUUUUUAAGUAGUGUAUAGAGUAGGGGAAAUUCAAAUAAGACAAAACUUGUGCUGUACUACGUGUAACAUCUUGAACAUUCAUUAAGAAUACAGCACAUGGACAGUAAAUAAGAGGUCUGACUUCUGAAAUGAUGCACAUCCUCAUCUUAGUGGCUUCAGAAAGAAUUGAGGUAUGGCAAUACUAAUAUUGACAUUAAUGUUUGGCAUGAUCACACAUAAAAUCAAAGUCAUUGUUAAUAUGAGUGGGAAAUUUACCAUUUAUAUUAGCAGAAGCAUAUAGGAACCUAAAUAUUGAGUAAAUUCAUUCAACAAUAAUUUCAUCUCCAUACUCCCUACUGGAGUCAGGGAGAGUUUCAGAUAAGCAGGCUCUGAUUCAGGAAGGUGUGCAGAAAAGAGAACUUCUAUACGCACAGAAGAAGUCAGUGGGAUGGAUGUAUACCUUUGCGUAUACAGUAGAGAGUGAGCUUUAGUGAUGUCUUAAAUAAAGUAUGGAUGUCAGAAUUGAAUACUCUCUUAAAUUAGGGCCUUAUGGAACAAAGUAUUGGACCCAGACAGUUCUAAAUUCUAUGUAGAACACCAUAGAAAUUUUUAUUUUUGUCUUGUGUAUAUGUAAAUGUAGUUGUGAUAUUGACUUAUUUAUUAAUUAAUUCUCUUAUACUAUGUGCCAAGUAUAUUCCUACCCUUUUGAUCAGUACCUGUGAACAUCAAUUACUAAAAAUAAUGUUAUGCAAACUUGUGCAUUGUAACCAGGAAUAUGAUGCUAAUAAGCUGUUGCAUGUAGUUUAAAAUAAUUAAGAAAACCCUCUAUUUAAAAAAUGUAAAUGAAUACCUGCAGAUGUUGAUGAUUAUAUAUGGUUUUGCAUGCCAAAACUCAUUGUUCAGUUGUGGGCAUGAAAUGUAACGACUGUAUUACCUCUACUGAGUAUAUUAGUAAGGUACAAUUUACAAAGUUAUUAACAGAGCUCUAUAUGUAAAAUGUUUUCUUUUUAUCUAAUUAUAUUGUAGUAGAGUUGUAACAGAACUGUUUAUCUGUUACCCAAAUUGGCUGUAGAAAUUAUAUUCCUAUAACAGUCAUUUAAAGUCAGUAUUUAUUUAUAUAUGUAAUACAAAAAAAUUUGUCUUAUGUGGCUGUCCAUUUAUUUAGAGAAAGAAAACAAUAUGUAUAAACAAUUUGUAAAAAAAAAAAUGUAAAUGUAAAUAGAGCCUGAUUUAUUUUACUCAUUAUUUUCAUGUUUAGAACUUGUAUAUACUGUUUAGGUAAUAAACUACCCUACACUGAAGUCUUGCUACAUUAUCUCCUCCAUACAGGACUUAAACUUUUUAUUUUUUUUUAUUUUUUUUUAAGUGGGAGAUAAAGUGUUAUCGAAUAAAAAUCAGAGUACCAUUGGUACUCUACAUUUCAUUGUACAUGUAGUCAUAACAUUUUAUCCUCGCUGUUUGCUACUGCAUUUUGUUUUCUUUAGAAAGUGAUCAAAAUAAUCUGAAGAUAAAUUUAGGUAUCAUUUGAGUAUUUUAUAUUGAAAAGCAACUCUUAAAGUAAAAAAUCAGACUCAAGAUCUUGUCUUCUUUUCCCUUGUUUCCAUGGGAUAGUACACAAUGGAGUUUUAGUAACCCUUUGUAAUGGUAAUUUCAAAUAAUUAAAAUGUUGCUAGAUCUAUGUCAGUGGCCUGAUCCUGCAAGUCAAGAUUUUUGUUUAUGAAAAUCAUGGUGAAAUCUAUGUGUACACCAGAUUUGGAAUAUUUUAUAUUUAAAAGUGGAGUAUCCCAUGAUUUAAAUGAUAUAUUUUUAAUAAAUAUAAAUAUCUGUCUUACUACAACAUUUGUUUCAAAUUGUCAUAGAUGUGCUAUCAUUCUCAAAUGGAAUGUUUUUGGUAAAUCUCUUAGCAGGUGUGCCUUUCACGUACUCUCAAAUUACUUAUAGUUUUUGUUAACUUGAGCAUAAACUCCAAAUUUUCCUAAUUACUUUCUCAGUAGAAUAACUGUUUAGGAUUUUUAUUGUUUGUUUUUCAUUUUACAUAAAUGGACAAUGUUUAGCAUAAACCCUUAUAAUUAAAUUCCUCUCCAAGUUGUAUUCCACCAGUGUGGUAUGGUAAACCCUCAUAGGAAUUAUAUAUCACUGUGGGUAGGUAGGUUGUCAUAAUAAAUAGAUGAAGUGUUCUAUGCACUGUCACUCUUUUUCUUUUUCCCCUUUCAUAACUUCAAAUAAAUGUUCUAUUCAACACUGAAUUAGAAGAGAUGAUGACUGGAUGAUGUCAAUCAU